GCGUUUAUGUUCAUGAUGUUUUUUUGUUAGCUAGUGAGGCCGUGCCGCUCUCCGACAAAAAGGCUCGAUAUCCAUCCGAUCCUGACUCGUCCUUUUUCCCUCUCUCUCUUCUUCUUGCUUCUUCUUUUCCUUCGUCACCAAAUAAAAAUCUUGCUCUGUCUCUCUUUGCAUUUUUUUGCAGCUCGUCUGUUUGACAGCUAACGUUCACUCCUUAACAACAAAAAAAAGCCAGUCUUUUUUACACCAAGUUCGGCUUGACGUCGACUUACACCAGCACUCAUUUUAUAUAUACGCGGGAUUGAUUUUCGCCUACAGUCUCUAUCCGAGCAAGAAGCAAAAAAAAAACAACAAAUAAAAACAUCACCACACACACACAAGUCUUUUUUUCAAGAUGAAGUCCGCUGUUGCUGCUACCCUCCUCGCCGGCCUGGCCUCUGCCAGCUCGCCCAUCCGCCACCUGCACUUCCCCAGAGCCAACGGAACCAUCACCUCUGCCGUGGACAACAACGCCGCUGCUCCCACCACGCUGACCGUCAUCGCCACCUCGGUCCACACCAUCAUCAGCUGUGCUCCCACCGUCACCAACUGCCCGGCUCGCACCAACCAGACUGCCAUCGGCAGCCUGCCCGAGUCUGCCAGGACCACCGUCGUUGUCACCGACACCGUUGUGCUGGCCACCACCGUCUGCCCCGUUGAGCAGGCCUCCAGCAUCUCCUCCUCCCUCCAGGCUGCCCACUCCUCCGGCCUCAUCACUGGAUCGACCAUCACCGCCUCGGCCCCUGCCGUGACCACCCCGGCCAAGGCUGGCGGCAACCCCCCCGCUGGUGGAAACGGCGCAAAGGUCACCUUCUCCGAUGUUGUCACCGACAAGACCCUGACCAUGACCAUUGGCAAGGGAGCUAGCGCCUCCGUGCUCACCACCACCAUCCAGGCCACCACCCGUCAGACCAUCACUGUCACCAGCACCCUCGCCAACGUCCAACCCGUUCAGACCGGCAGUGGCAGCUCUGGUUCCAGCACUGGUGGCAACGCUCCUCCUGCUAACGGAUCUCCCGCCAACGGUGGCUCCGGCUCUGGCUCUUCCGGCUCUGGCUCCAACAACGGCAACGGCUCCGGCAACUGCGCUGGUGCUCCCACCGUCACUGUCACCGUCGCCAAGGAGACCGUCACCGUCCCUGCCUCCACCGUCUUCGUCACCGUUGUCCCCAGCUCUUGCGGCUCCUCCUCCGCCGCCGCCGUCACUGGCCAGGCUGCUAACAGCGGCUCUGGCUCCAGCGGCAACGGCAGCUCUGGUUCCAACAACGGCUCUGGCUCCAACAACGGCUCUGGCUCCAACAACGGCUCCGGUUCUCAGGGCAACGGUUCUGGCAACAACGGUGCUGGCAACGCUGCCGCCACCACCACCACUCCUUGCCCUACUGAUAUCACCACCACCAUCCGCUCUACCGUCACCGUCCAGCCUUUCCCCAUCAACAACGGCACUGCUGCCACCAGCGGCGCUGCCCUUCCUUCCUCUUCCGGCUUUGCCAAGCUCCGCCGAUAAAGGGUUCAAUUUCCUUUUUUGGGGGGAACUAAAAAAAGCCUUGUAAGAGUAUUGUAAAAACAAAGGAGGGGAAAAGGAUACGGUUUUACGGGAUUCGAGCAAGGAAAGACGUAUAUAUCACAGCGCAGAUGAGAAUCUCAUCUGCGCCGUUGCAUGAUAGACGUGUUUUUUGGAUUUUUCAUGGUUAUUUGGUUGGAUGUUUUAUAUAUCCGGCGAGGCAGAUGAUUUGUACUUACUUUGUUGUUGCUGAUUUUUGAAAGACUUACCAUUCGUGUGUGUAUAUGUUAUUUAUAUUGGCUGUCUGAGACGGCUGUCAGGAAAUGACUUGAGAGCAAUCUCUUUCUUUCUGAAUUGAAUGAUUUGUGACGC